AUGGCUGCAUAUUGUCAAGAACUUAAAGUUCUUGCUGAUCAACUGAAUAAUGUUGAAGCUUCUGUCGAUGAUCAGUCACUCGUGUUGCAAGCACUAGCCGGCCUUACCGAUGCUUAUGAAAGUGUUGCCACUGUCCUAGGCAACACCAAACCCUUGCCAACUUUUAAUAAAGUACGCUCACAGCUCUGUAUGAACGAGACCCGCAAACAUCAUCAAGCCACAAACUCUGCCAUAACCGCCGGUUCGGCCCUACACACGACCACUCAACCCGCUACCACCAACCCUCGCUCUUCCAACAACUCUAAUCCUUCUACUGAUUAUCGAUCCGACAAUUUCAACGCCAACAACCGUGGUGGCGGAACCGGACGUGGUCGCGGUCGCGGUCGUGGACGCUCUUCUUGGAACCGAAAUCGCAAUCCCACAUCAUCGGGCCAACAGUUCUCGGCCCCUUUCACUUGGCCAUAUGGCCCUACUACUUGGCCCAAUACACCACACCAAACACCACAGUGGCCAAACUGGGCCUCGGCACCCUGCCCCUAUCCAACCGUCCCACAGCCAACUCCCAACAACAACACGGGUUAG